AUGGAGGAUGCUGAUAUUUAUGAUGAGUUUGGUAAUAUCAUCGGUGAUCCGCUAGAUUCAGAUGCUGAUUCAGAUUCUGUGGAUAAUGAGAUAAAUGAUGAUGAACACCAUGAGAAUAACGUAGUUGGUGAGCACGACGAAAACUCAAAUAACGGAGCACUAAUACGACACAAUGGUGAAGAUAAUGGUGGCAAUCUUACACUUAGACAAACGUAUGGGACAGAUGUUGAAACUAUUUUGGUAAGACCUUAUGAAAGUAUAAGUAAUGAACCGGUAUUAGAACCGAUAAAAGACAAAAGGAUGAAAGUUGAGUUCACGGAAAAUGAAGACAGUAUUCAAGAAAAGCUUCCUCAGCUCACAUAUUCUAGAGAUUACAUGAUUUCAUUGAUGAACAGUUUGCCAGAAAGGAUAAGAAACGUAGCAGUGGUAGGUAAUCUUCAUUCUGGAAAGACUUCGUUCAUUGAUACGUUAAUUCUUCAGACGCAUCCAUCGAUUUUGUCGAAUUUUAAGGCAAAACAGGAAAAAGAAUUAAGGUUUUUGGAUAACCAUAAGCUAGAGAUUGAGCGAGGCAUCACCAUUAAGUCAAGUCCUAUUACAUUACUUUUACCUGAUUUCAAUGAUAAGUCUUAUAUUUUGAAUGUUGUUGAUACUCCGGGGCACGUAGACUUUCAUGAUGAGGUAUCGUCUGCUUUAAUGGCUUCUGAUGGAGUGUUUCUUGUGAUCGAUGUCGUGGAAGGUUUAACACCAAGGGACAAAUCUAUCAUUAAUGAAGUCUUGAAGAAUAAUUUACCACUUACAGUUGUUUUUAAUAAAUUGGAUCGACUCAUAUUAGAGCUUCAACUUCCUCCAUCUGAUUUCUACUACAAACUCAAAUAUGAACUUGAUGAUAUAAAUUCUUUUAUUGAAUCAAAUGAAUAUGCCAUGCCAUACACUCAUCAGAAAAUAAUCUCCCCUACAAGGGGCAACGUCAUAUUUGCAUUUUCGAAGAUGGAAUUCAGCUUCACGUUAAUUAGCUUUGCUAAGUUGUAUUCUGAUAAUGGUUUUUUUGAGGGUAUAGAUAUCCACGAUUUCAGUAAGAGAUUAUGGGGCGAAUUCUACUUCGACCAGGAAUCGAACAAAUUAAUAAAGUCUUCAAAUAAUGGAAAUUUACGAAGAUCAUUUAUCCACUUCAUUGUGGAACCGCUUUACAAAAUAAUAUCCUACACUUUGACUGCUAAUAAUUCCGGAGAGAAGUUAAAUUCUUUGUUAUGGCAAAAUUUUAAAGUACUACUCCUGAAACGGGAUCUUAAAUUAGAUUCUCGUGAACUAUUGAACAAUGCUGUCAAGAAAAUAUUUCCAGACUGUGGUGGUCUCGUCGAUGUUGCUCUGAAAAAUAUAUUCUCGCCUAUUGAUACCGCUGAUAGCAAGUGUGAAGUUUUGUACGGACUUCGAAUAGGAGAGAAUUCCGAUGAUUCCCUUAUUGCUACCAUUCUUAAAUCAAUUGAGUCAUCUGAUGGUCUGAAAUUUUAUUCACUCGUGAGAGUGAUCCAAGGUAAGCUAAAAUCUGGAGAUACAGUCAAGGUACUAGGAGACAAUUUCGAUAACGAUGCUGAGGAUUUUAAAGAUGAAUCCAUAGAGAACAUUUAUAUUUCAGGGGGUCGAUACAAAUUCCCCGUCAAGGAGGCGGGACCAGGAUCUUUGGUGCUUGUAUCUGGAAUAGGAUCUAUUGUUAACAAAAGUGCUGCGAUUUUCAGCCCUUCUUCCAAAGUUCUAAAACAGUUAAAAUCUCCUAAUUAUUCUGAAAAAUCAGUAUUCAAGUGCGCCAUUGAACCUGCAAAUCCGUCGGACCUACCCAAAAUGCUGGCUUCUCUCAGGAAAGUCAAAAAAUCGUAUUUGGCAUCUGAGAUCAAAGUUGAAGAAAGUGGUGAGCACGUUAUUUUGGCACCAGGGGAGCUAUAUCUAGAUUGUGUGCUUUGUGAUUUAAGAAAUUUUUUCUCCGACAACUUGGAGAUAAAGGUUAGUGAUCCUAUGACAAAGUUUAGCGAAACAUGUCUUGAUAUUUCAGUUACCAAGAUACCGACAAAGUCAAACGACAACGUAAUAUCAAUCAUAGCCCAGCCGGUUUCUGACUUGAAUCUUAGUCAUGCGAUAGAGGCCAGAACAAUUGAUUUGUCACAACCCAUAAAAACUACAUCUAAAUUGUUAAGACGAGAUUUUGGCUGGGAUGCUUUGGCUGCAAGAUCAGUAUGGUGUUUUGGGCCAGACGAUUUAAAGCUUCCAAGUAUUCUAUUAGAUGACACCUUGGAAGCUGAAACUGAUAAAAAAUUGCUAUAUUCAGUCAAAGACCUGGUUACUUUAGGAUUUAAAUGGAGUGUGAACGAGGGUCCCUUGUGUGAUGAACCAAUAAGAAAUACUAAAUUCAAAAUUUUGGAUGCUGUUAUAGGUGGUUCAGAAAUUCAAAGAAGCGGAACGCAAAUUAUACCGUUAAUGAGAAAGGCAUGCUACACUGGUUUUUUGACGGCUACCCCUCGUCUCUUGGAACCCAUAUACGCCGUAUAUGUUACUUGCAAGGGCCCGGCUAUUUCCGCCAUCUCGAAGUUAUUAGAUAGAAGGAGAGGCUUUGUCAUAAAAGAAGAACCCGUUCCUGGAACUCCCCUCUUUUCUAUUGAAGGAAGAUUACCAGUAAUUGAGUCAGUAGGAUUUGAAUCGGACGUGAGGUUGCGAACUCAGGGUCAGGCAAUGUGUCUCUUAGAUUUCGAAAAUUGGGAGGUGGUUCCUGGUGAUCCUUUGGAUAGAGAAUGUUAUUUACCUCCUUUAAAGCCAGUCCCCACUAAGUCGCUAGCACGAGACUUCGUUAUGAAGACAAGGAAAAGAAAAGGUUUGGCAGGCGAGCCAAGUCUUCAAAAGUACGUUGAGCCUGAGUUAUUCGAGAAAUUGAAGGCCAAUGGAUUAAUAGAUUAA